CGUCCUUCCCUGGCCAUUCCUCGUUUAUCAUUUUCUCUCUGAUAUUUUCCGCUUUUCGUCCAUCUUUCUCUCUCUUAGGUUUUUCCUCCCUUGGUCUUCCUUCCUCUCUUCACUUUUUCAUCUCGGAGCAGGAAUCCAUGGCGCAACCGGAGAUCCACAAUGGAGGUGCCGAGAAGGCUGAGGUGGUGGUCUCCUUCACCGCCGUCAAGCCUCAGCUGGUGGUGGAGGCACCUAAGGCUAGCGAAGCUGUCCAGUUCUACAAGGAGGCUUUCGGAGCUGUGGAGACUGGCCGCACCACGCACCCCAAGCGCAAGGCGGAACAGGAGCUCCCUCAGAUCAUCUCCGCUCAGCUUCAGCUCGCCGGUUCCACCAUUCUCGUCUCUGAUCUCGCAGACGAUUCCGCUCCUGUGAAGGGCGUGGGAAGUGGACUGUCACUCUGCCUGGAGACGCAGGACGUGGAGGCAGCUGUCGCCAAGGCGGUGGCCGCCGGAGCUGUGGCGGAGGGGGAGAUCGCGGAAUCUGAUGGCGCGUGCUGCGGUGGGCGCGUGGGGAAGGUGAAGGAUCCCUACGGUUUCGUUUGGAUGAUUUGCUCACCCUCGGCAGCAGCAGCAGCAGCGAAGUGUGGUGAUGCUGGCGUGGAGGCUUGAUGGCCCUCGGAUCUCUUGCUGCUGUUAUCCUGACCGACCGUCUCUAGUUAGUAGUGCUGUUUAGUUUUUCGUUUUCGCGAGCUUGUUAUCGUGGUGGGGACCAGACUUUUAUCGGAUGGUGUUAAUUUUUAGCUGUUUAGGAGGAAGGUAGUAGCCUAGUAGGUGAUAUGAUGAGGGCUCGUACUUAGGUAUUGUGCCUCCUCUCUUUCUCUCUGGCGGGAUUCUGACCAGUCUGGGUCGGUGAAAUCUCAGUGGCAUCCUUUUGAUAUCCGAAGCUGAUGUGGUAAAAUGAUGUUUUGGUAAUUUUGAACAGUCUGGGUCGGUGAAAGUGAAAUCUCCUAAGCUACAAUGGUUUUUAACCUAGAGUUACUCUAGUUGAAUCUUGCAUUGCCUGCCGCCUUGCUGGU